GAGGUUAGGGAAUGGGGUCUUUCAAGACUCACUGUCCUGAGCCCUGCUCACCCAAGAGACCUCUUCCCCAGUUCCAGUUUGGCCCCAAAUGGUUGCCUCUCCAUAGACAAAAUGUUUCCCACCUCUCUAUCCCUUUAACUGUUUGACAGUAAUGCAGAUUCGUUUAUCAGAUUAACUGGAAGUCAAUCCAGGUUGGCACCCCUGGAGAAGGCCUGGCCACCUGAGCUGCCUUCAACUAAAGGACUGAUCUGUAAUAGACACUUUAGCCUCGUGUGGCCGUGGAGAACCAAAAUGAUCUAUGGAAAUGUAGGGAAACUCAUUUUAGCUCACAACAAAGGAGUCACUUUUUACCUGUUAGAGAUGUCCAAUAUUAGAAUGGGCUACCUCAUAAGGUAAUGAGCCUUGUCACCCAAAUGCUUUAAACAGAAGCCAUCAUCUGUCACAUGCCAGAGGGUGCCCCUCAAGAGUGGGAGAGUAGGGGCUGAACUGCUGAGUUCCCACUGCGUCCUGUUGCUAUGCUGCCUGCACCCUUGGUGGGGAGAAGAGAAGAGGUGGACUGCUGCGGAGGACCUGGCAAACGAGGACCCAGCCUUUACUCGACUGUCCCAAACAUGGCCUGUUUUACAAAGCUGCUAAGAAGCAUAGCUCCAAAUCUGGAGCUGUGAGUGCCCGCCCUGACUCUGACUAGCUUACAGUGAAGCUUUGGGAAGUUGUUUUCCGCUGAGCUCUUAUUUUCUCAUCCAGAAAAUGAGGGGGUAGGAUUUGGUCACAGAGCAAAGAGAACCCAGGUGUCCACAACUCAGCCAAGAGUCUUGACCCGUGUCGUCAGCUGCACACACGCUGCACACUCCACCAGCUCCUAGGCUUCUCUCCACAUCUGACUUAUCGAGGCCUGGACUGUGGGUAGCUUUUUGGACAGAAAGAAGCAGAAAGCAGCAGGAGCUGCUCUCCGAGGACCGCACCUCAAAGAGCAAGAUCCCCCAGGUGGGAUCGCUCUGAGGCUUCAGGCAGGGGAGGCUGGUUUGAAAGCCGAUCUCCAAGAGGGCGUGGCUCCAAAAUGCUGGCAAAUAAAAGCCUGGAGAGCCAGCACCAAGCUGGAGACCAGCAGGAGGCACAGGAAAACUGCAAGCCGCUCUGUUCCUGGGCCUCGGAAGUGAUGCCUAUGGCGUCCCCUCAAACCCUGGUCCUCUAUCUGCUGGUCCUGGCAGUCACUGAAGCCUGGGGCCAGGAGGCAGUCAUCCCAGGCUGCCACUUGCACCCCUUCAAUGUGACAGUGCGAAGUGACCGCCAAGGCACCUGCCAGGGCUCCCACGUGGCACAGGCCUGUGUGGGCCACUGUGAGUCCAGCGCCUUCCCUUCUCGGUACUCUGUGCUGGUGGCCAGUGGUUACCGACACAACAUCACCUCCGUCUCUCAGUGCUGCACCAUCAGUGGCCUGAAGAAGGUCAAAGUACAGCUGCAGUGUGUGGGGAGCCGGAGGGAGGAGCUCGAGAUCUUCACGGCCAGGGCCUGCCAGUGUGACAUGUGUCGCCUCUCUCGCUACUAGCCCAUCCUCUCCCCUCCUUCCUCCCCUGGGUCACAGGGCUUGACAUUCUGGUGGGGGAAACCUGUGUUCAAGAUUCAAAAACUGGAAGGAGCUCCAGCCCUGAUGGUUACUUGCUAUGGAAUUUUUUUAAAUAAGGGGAGGGUUGUUCCAGCUUUGAUCCUUUGUAAGAUUUUGUGACUGUCACCUGAGAAGAGGGGAGUUUCUGCUUCUUCCCUGCCUCUGCCUGGCUCUUCUAAACCAAUCUUUCAUCAUUUUACUUCCCUCUUUGCCCUUACCCCUAAAUAAAGCAAGCAGUUCUUGAA